UAUAAAGUUUGCAGAGAAAUGCUGACUAAAAUCUGCUGAUAACAAGCAAGAGACAAGUGAGAGAUUAAAGUCAUUAUAAUACAAUAAUAGCAUAGAAAAGAGUGCAGUGGAUUCAAAUGAAACAGAAUGCAAGAAAAAGCUCAGAGUGAUUCUGAAAAAAGAGAUUACAAGAUAUAAUAUCUUAACCACCUCAGAAGUCUCUACUAUUGAUCACACCACCUCUUGCCUCUAUAAGUGCUGUAUUCACUCCCUUAUUUGAAGAUAUAAUAGAGCACAAGCGAGACUUUGCAGAGAACAAGAGUAGUACAAAGGUGGAAACUGUAUUUUUUAGAAAUAGAGACAGUACAGGAUGGUAGAACCAUAUGAAGACAAUGAGGUUACAGCCACUGAAAAUAGAAACUCUUCAGAACCUUCUUCUCUGGGAUCUUAUCAGUGGAAAACAGGUCAUAGGCAAAGGAACAGUUUGUGGGUCCGUCUGCAGGGAUGGAAACGUACUCCCAGUCAACAAACAAAAGACCCACAGGAACCUAGAAAGAAGCAGAGAUCCCUAUUCAGCAGAAAAACUGGUCCUCAGGAGACCAGCACUGGGGGUCUGACUCAAUACCUGAGGUCAGUGUCAAAGCGUAUAGGAAGGAAGAAAGAAAUAUGUCCACAGGCAGAGGUAACAGAAGGUUCCUCCACUCCUCCUGCUCCGCCCUCUACACCUCAAGUUCCUGUCUGGGAUAUCGGUAACUUUUCCCUCAUAGAUGGCCGUCUACUGCUUAUCAGAGGAGAGGACCAGAAUGCAUUCCACACACGGAGCCGAACAGGAAGUUGUGUGUCAAACACAGGAAUAGGACAAGUGAGCACAAUAGAGGCAGAUACUGUUUCUGAAGCUAAUGGAUUGGACUGUGAACCAAAAAUCCAGAUUAAUAAUGUCAAGGGUUUAAUUUUGAAAAGGAAAAAAAAGAACAAAAAGAAGCCAAACACUUCAUCCUCAAAUCUAGAUUACAGAAGUCUGCAUGGGUCACAUGAGUCACUGGGCACUGCAGAAGUGUUGGACCUGACUAAUGAAAAGGACGUCACAGUUAGAGCCCUACACAGCAGUAUUCUGGGAGAACGUUUUUGCUUUGAGGUUAUCUACUCUGAUGGAAGUCUCUGCUUUGGAUGUUCUUCAGUUCAGGAACGAGAUAGAUGGAUUGAGAAUCUUCGCAGAAUUGUGCAGCCAGACAAGGAUAACUGUGAACGUGAAGAGUCUUCAUUGAGCCUGUGGAUCCAUGAAGCUAAAGGUCUUCCUAACUCAGGUUCUGUCUCCCGUGCACGCUACUUUUGUGAGGUCCAAGUGGAUGGUACACUCUAUGGACGAACAACAAGCAAAGCAGCUGAAGCUGGAGUAGUUUUUUGGGGCGAGAACUUUAAUGUUAGGGAUUUGCCACAUUCACCAAGCCAUGUGGCCCUUCACCUCCUUCGAGAGGGACGAGAGACAACUGGGGUUGGAACAGUGACACUAGCUUUAGAGGGAAUGAAGGAAGGGACAGAAAGGUGGGUCCCUCUAGGUGGUGAAGUGACGUUGAGGGUACGCGGAAGAUAUAGGAAAUUUCAUGUCCUACCGGUAGUCCAGUACAAAGAGUUUGCAGAAUAUCUUACCUGGAGAUAUCUGGAACUAAGCAGGGCAAUGGAGCCUAUUCUAAGUGCUCGUGAAAAGGAGGAACUUGGGAGGUCAUUAGUCUACGUCCUUCAAAGCACUGGCAAAGCCAAGGAGUUCCUUGUGGACCUUGGGGUAGCUGAGAUCUCUCGUCAUGAUAUUCAAGACUCAUUAAUAUUUAGGGAGAAUACUAUUGUCACAAAAGCCAUUGAAGAGUACAUGAAAAUUGUGGGACAGACAUAUCUUCAAGAGACUUUAGGUCCCUUUGUCACCCGACUCUAUACCUGUGAAGAUAAUCACGAGGUUGACCCAUUACGUUGCCCUCCAGAGGACCUUUGUGAGAACAGGGGAAGCCUAUGGAGGAGCUGUGAAGAGGCUGUACAGAGUAUAUUUCAAUCACUGGAGUCUUUUCCCCCUGAACUUCAAGAAGUAUUUUCUGCCUGGCAGGAGGAAGUUGACGUUCGUGGAAGACCAGACCUUGGUUCUCGCCUGGUCAGUGCCUCCCUUUUUCUGAGAUUCCUGUGCCCUGCUAUCCUUGCACCAGGAUUAUUUAAUCUCUCACCAGACCAUCCCAACCCGCUUGCUGCCCGUGCUUUCACUCUGGUAGCCAAGGUCUUGCAAAACCUCGCCAACUUCACCAGGUUUGGGGAGAAGGAGGACUACAUGGCAUUUAUGAAUGGAUUCCUGGAACAGCACUGGGAUGGAAUGUCGCUCUUCCUGAAAUCUGUUUCUGAUCAGUACAGUGAGGUUUCAGCAACAAGAUAUGAAGGCAGCACUGAUCUGGCAUAUGAGCUUUCUGCACUGCAUGCCAUGCUCUGUGGGAUCUUCGCUGGCAUACACCAGCAAACCAAAGAUCAACUGGAACCAUUACCUUCUAUUCUAAAAGCCUUACAUGAGGGGAAUCCUGUGCCUGCAUACAUCACUGAAAAUGACCCUUACAGUAGCAGACAGGAAGAGAGGGAUGAGCCUGACUUUGUAGCCCCAAGAGAUCUAUGCAAAUUCCGCCCCUUGAUAAAUAAAAGCCUAUCAAUGAAUAGUCUGAUGAGAGAACGUCUGCCUCCACCAAUAAGGAGUGAAGAGAAGGAAAAAAGAAGCAGACGUCAAGUGAGCCGCACGCAGAGUGUUCCUGCUCAGAGCAAACCGGGGCGUAGGGGAGUGACAGACACCUCUGCAGUGGGAGAAAAACCUCAGCUUCAAAGAGAUGACAAUGUACAAAGAAGACCAUGGGUUAGACCUUCCUCUACACUCCCACGUAGGAAAUCCACAGUACCUUGGUGCAGGAAUGAGGACUUACCGUUACUUGGACAAGAGCCUGGAAUAGUUCAAGACCAGAGUCCUCACUUACAAGAGAUUAAGAGCCAGAUAGCAGAAAAUCAAGGAAAGCAAAAAGAUCUAGAAGGACAGUUUCUUGCUAUGUCAGGGCAGAUACAGGAGUUGCUGGGACAACUCUCAAAAGUAGACGAGACCCAGAGGGCAUUUCAGGAUGAGGUGGCUGAAAAACUGAGCCAGUUAUUGGAGAGGAUAAAUGCCUUAGAACUUCAGAAGCAUGAAGAGCAGUCAAUGGGAGAAAAUGUGGCACAAAGAAUCACAGCUUUGGAGAUGCGGUUAUCCGUUUUGGAGAAAAGAAGCAGGUGUGAACUAAAGAACAACAUCAACUCCCAUUUGGGGGAAGACCUGAAGGAGGACACCCAGGAAGACAGCUGCACAAUUAUUACCGAAACCCUUCCUAACAACAGGGAGGAAUAUUAGAUAGAUACAAUGCACCACUGAUCCUAAAACAAAAACUAGAUUUUGUAGUAUAAAAUCUAGAUUUGCUUUUCUAUGCUCAUGGUAUAAAAUUUGAUAAACACAUGAUAUAAAAUUUGAA